GUCUUUGCCAUUUCAUUGUCUUUCUUCGUCUUUGUUAUCUCGUUGUCUUGAGGAACGCAUCAGUUUCCACAGCUCUCAGUUGACUUCUGAAACACACAGUUUGCCGAACAUGGAAAAAGGAAUGUCACCUCCGCCAUAUCCUGGUCCUCCACUGGUCCAGAACAACAUUACCUACCAGCAGCCGCCGGUUACUUAUCAACCUCAGCCAGUUCCAAUGGCUGCUGUGUACAAUCCACAAAUGGCUCAGCAGUCAAUCAUGUCAUCCACUGUAACCCAAUCAUCUGGCAUGGGUCAAAUGGCACCAGUUUACCCAGGAGUAGUUUCACCAGGCAUGUCUACAUCCACAGUAACUCAGACAAUGCAGUCUACAGCCAUGCCUGGCAUUGCUCCGAUGGCUGUGUACAGCCCACAGCCCGCCGUCAUGUCGUCCUCAGUAAUUCAGACGGUUCAGACCACUGCGCCUCCUGCCCAGCCCACAGUCUUGAUUGUGCCCUCACGACUGGGUGAGUGUCCGGGACAGAUGAGAUGUCCUCACUGCCAGCAGCAGGUGGUGACCGAGAUUACAUAUGUCAACGGACUGAUGGUGUGGGGCAUCUGUGCAGGUCUCGGCAUUUUCGGGAUUUGGCCGUGUUGUUUGAUUCCCUUCUGUGUGGAUUCCUGCAAAGACGUCCAGCAUCGCUGUCCAAACUGCAAAUCUCUUGUGUAUGUUUACAAACGUAGUUAAGCUUGUUCUGGAACAA